AUGGAGGUUAGAAACCACUGUCUUCUCUUUGUUCUUCAGGGGGACCAUGUGUGGCUGGACCUUCCCUCUGUCAAGGAGACCACUGUGGCCAUCGGGGGAAUCAUCAAACAAACAGAAUCAGGCAAAAUUUUGGUAGAGGAUGACGAGGGGAAGGAACACUGGAUUUGUGUAGAGGACCUUGGAAGCCUCAGCCCCAUGCACCCCAACUUGGCCCAUGGUGUGGAUGACAUGAUCCACCUGGGGGACCUGAAUGAGGCAGGCAUGGUGCACAAUCUCCUCAUCCGGUACCAGCAGCACAAGAUCUAUACAUACACAGGCUCCAUCCUGGUGGCUGUGAACCCAUUCCAGGUGCUGCCCCUCUACACUCAGGAGCAGGUGCAGCUAUAUUAUAACUACCAUGUGGGCAAGCUGCCACCUCAUGUGUUUGCCAUCGCCAACAACUGCUACUACAACAUGAAGAGGAACAAGAAGGACCAGUGCUGCAUCAUCAGUGGUGAGUCUGGGGCAGGGAAGACAGAGACCACCAAGCUCAUCCUGCAGUUCCUGGCCACUGUCAGUGGCCAGCAUUCGUGGAUUGAGCAGCAGGUCCUUGAGGCCAACCCCAUCCUGGAAGCCUUUGGAAAUGCCAAGACAGUUCACAAUGACAACUCGAGCCGCUUUGGGAAGUACAUUGACAUCCACUUCAACUCCAGUGGGGUGAUAGAGGGUGCACGGAUUGAGCAAUUUCUCCUGGAGAAGUCCCGAGUCUGCCGGCAGGCCCAGGAAGAGCGGAACUAUCACAUCUUCUAUUGCAUGCUCAUGGGGAUGACUGCUGAGGAGAAGAAGCUACUGUCCCUGGGAAUGCCCUCUGAGUACCACUACUUGACCAUGGGGAACUGCAGCUUCUGUGAGGGUCUCAGUGAUGCCAAGUACUAUGCCCACAUCCGCUCAGCCAUGAAGAUCCUCAUGUUUUCUGACUCUGAGAACUGGGACCUGAGCAAGCUGCUGGCAGCCAUUCUCCACCUGGGGAACAUGGAAUUUAUAGCUUCAGUCUUCAAGAACUUGGAUUCCUCAGAUGUGAAGGAGACACCCACCUUUCCCAUCGUGAUGAAGUUGCUGGAGGUGCAGCACCAGGCACUCCAGGACUGCCUGACCAAGAAUUCUAUCAUCAUCCGUGGGGAGUUUGUCACUAGACCCCUGAACAUCACCCAGGCUGCAGAUCGGAGGGAUGCAUUUGUCAAGGGCAUCUAUGGGCACCUCUUCCUGUGGGUCGUCAGGAAGAUCAAUGCUGCCAUCUUCACUCCACCUUCCCAGGACCCCAAACAUGUGCGAAGAGCUAUUGGCCUCCUGGACAUAUUUGGCUUUGAAAAUUUCCAGAGCAACAGCUUUGAGCAAUUCUGCAUCAACUUUGCCAAUGAACACCUACAACAGUUCUUUGUCCAGCAUGUCUUCACCAUGGAACAGGAGGAGUACCGCAUGGAGAACAUUGCCUGGGACUACAUUUACUACACCAACAACCAGCACACCCUGGAUCUGCUGGCUUUCAAGCCCAUGAGCAUCAUCUCCCUCUUGGAUGAAGAGAGCCGCUUCCCACAGGGGACAGACAUCACCAUGCUGCAAAAAUUGAAGAGUGUCCAUGCACACAACAAGGCCUUCCUGCAACCCAAGAACAUCCAUGAUGUCCGAUUUGGCAUUGCACAUUUUGCUGGAGAGGUGUAUUACAAGACAGAGGGCUUCCUGGAGAAGAAUCGAGAUGUGUUGAGCACAGAUAUCCUUACCCUGGUCCACUCCUCCAAAAACAAGUUCCUGAAGGAGAUCUUCAAGCUGGAGACUACAGAGACCAAGCUAGGCCAUGGGACCAUCCGUCAGGCCAAGGACAGGGGUCAGCUCUUUAAGUCUGCAGACUCCACCAAGCGGCCCUCUACACUGGCAGGCCAGUUCAAGCAAUCCCUGGACCAGCUGAUGAAAAUCCUGACCACCUGCCAGCCCUCCUUCAUCCGCUGCAUCAAACCCAAUGAGUACAAGAAACCACUGCUCUUCCACCGGGAGCUAUGCAUUAAGCAGCUGCGCUACUCGGGCAUGAUGGAGACUGUGCAGAUCCGCAAGUCUGGAUUCCCCAUUCGCUACACGUUUGAAGAGUUCUCUCAGAGGUUCCAAGUCCUACUGCCCAGUGCCUUGAGGAUGCAGCUUCGAGACAAGUUCCACCAGAUGACCCUGCAAAUUGCUGACAUGUUGCUGAGGACAGACAAAGACUGGAAAAUGGGAAAGACCAAAAUUUUCCUGAAGGACCACCAAGAAACUCUGCUGGAAGUUCAGAGGAGCCAGGCCCUGGAUAAAGCAGCCAUCAAUGUCCAGAGGGUCCUUCGGAGCUACAAACACAGGAAGGAAUUCCUGAGGCAGAAGUGGGCUGCUAUGACCCUCCAGGCCAACUGGAGAGGCUUCAACACUCGGAAAAAUUUCAAGCUGAUCCUCUUAGGCUUUGAGCGCCUGCAGGCGAUUAUCCGGAGCCACUUGCUGGCAAGGCAGUACAAGGCCACAAAGGAAAGGAUGGUCCAUUUCCAGUCCCGGUGCAGGGGCUACCUGAUACGCCAUGCAGUCCAGGAAAGGAGAAGGGCAGUGGUGGUCAUCCAGGCACAUGCCCGGGGCAUGGCUGCUCGGCGAAACUUUCAGAGACAGAAAGCCAACGCACCACUGGUCAUCCCAACUCCACAGCAGAGAAGCCCAGGUUUUGUCCCUGCCAAGAAGCACAAAUCCAUCUAUGACACCAUCACAGACACGGAGAUGGUAGAGAAAGUGUUUGGCUUUCUCCCUUCAAUGAUCGGAGGGCAGGAAAGCCAGGCCUUAACAGGCUUUGAGGAUCUAGAUACAAGGACCAGGCAGCUGCCUGAGGUGGAUCUGGACACAGUCCCCAUGGUGGAGGAGCCAGAGAAGGAGGUGGACAGUCUGGCUGAGUACACCUUCACAAAGUUCGCUGUGACCUACUUCCAGAAAUCCGCCAGCCACACCCACAUCCGGAGGCCCCUGCGGCACCCACUCCUCUACCAUGAGAAUGACAUGGAUUGCUCGGCUGCACUAGCCGUGUGGAACAUCAUCCUGAGGUUUAUGGGGGACCUCCCGGACCCAGUGCUCUUUGCCAAGACCAGCUUGAGUGGCAGCUCAGUGAUACAGAAGAUCCACAACAACCUGGACAUCAAGGGAAGCACCCAGUCUCUACAGUGUGGCAAAUCUGAACAGGUGGUCAGCCAAGUGAGCAUUGAAGAGGAGGCAUUUGAGCCCAGUGGCCCCAUCUCAGACCGACCCAUGUCCAACCUGGAGAAGGUACACUUCAUUGUGGCCCAUGCCAUCUUACAGCCCAACCUCAGGGAUGAGGUUUACUGCCAGAUCUGCAAACAGCUCACAGAGAACUUCAAGAAGAGCAGCCUGGCCCGUGGUUGGAUCCUGCUUAGCCUCUGUCUGGGCUGCUUCCCACCCUCAGACAGGUUCAUGAAGUAUUUGCUGCACUUCAUUGGUCAAGGGCCAGCAGCCUAUGGACCCUUCUGUGCUGAACGCCUGAGACGCACCUACACCAAUGGGGUGCGCACAGAGCCACCCACCUGGCUAGAGCUGCAGGCUGUCAAGUCAAAGAAGCACAUCCCAGUCUAUGUCAUCCUGGUGACUGGAGAGAGCCUAAUCGUCAUGGUCGACUCAGCCUCCACAGCACGGGAAGUCUGCCUGUAUAUCGCUCGCAAGCAGGGCCUCAGCGACCAUCUGGGCUUUUCUCUCCACAUCGCUGUGUAUGACAAGUUCUGGUCACUGGGCAGUGGGCAUGACCACGUGAUGGAUGCUAUUGCCCAAUGUGAGCAGCUGACCCGGGAGCGGGGUGAGAGUGAACGCCAGUCACCCUGGCGCAUCUACUUCCGGAAGGAGUUCUUCACCCCCUGGCAUGACUCCAGGGAGGAUCCUAUCAGCACUGAGCUCAUUUACCACCAAGUCCUCCAUGGAGUGUGGUCUGGCGAGUACAGCUUCGAGAGGGAGGAAGAGCUGGUGGAGCUGCUGGCCCAGCACUGCUACGUGCAUCUUGGCACCUUGGAAAGGAGUGAGGCCAUCCAAGAACUGCUACCCAGUUGCAUCCCCACAAAGCUGUACAAGACCAAGCCCCCUGAGAAGUGGGCUAGCCUCAUUGCUGCUACACAAACCAAGGCACCAUACAACCAGAAGCAAGAGACAGUGCUGGCUAUGAAGGAGCAGGUGGUGGACACAGCCCGCCUAAAGUGGCCGCUGCUCUUCUCUCGGCUGUUUGAAGUUACUGCACUUUCUGGCCCUCAGCUUCCCAAGACUCAGCUGAUCUUAGCUGUGAACUGGAAGGGGUUGUGCUUCCUGGAUCAGAGAGAGAAGGUGCUUCUAGAACUCUCCUUUCCAGAGGUCACAGGACUGGUCACCAGCAGGGCAGCCAAGAGCAGGCAAAGCCUGACACUCUCCACGCUACAUGAAGAGGAGUACGAGUUUGCGACCCCCAGCAGUGUGGCCAUUGCAGAACUGGUGGCCAUGUUCCUGGAGGGCCUGAAGGAGAGGUCUGUGUUUGCCAUGGCCCUGCAGGACAGAAAUGCUACAGAUGAUGCCACCCUCCUGUCCUUUAAGAAGGGGGACUUGCUGAUCCUGUCAAAGAAGCAAGGACUACAGCCUUCUGAGAACUGGAUUCUGGGCGAGAAUGACAGGACAGGGCAGACAGGGCUGGUGCCCAUGGCCUGCAUCUAUACCAUCCCAAUCAUCGUCAAGCCCUCGGAACAGCUGCUGCUCCUGCUGGCCAUGUCACCAGAAAAGCGGAAGCUGGCAACCCGGGAGGGGCGGCCUACAGAACCCUCGCCUGAGGAACAGCUCAAGGAGCCACACACUCUGGAGGAAAUUUCCUAUGAGCUCUUCAGGGCCCCAGAUAAGGAAUCAGUCAGCAAAGCUAUGUUCUCCCUGGCCUGGACCCAGGGCCACCUUUGGUCUUAUUCUUCUGAGCCGCUGCGGCAGCCUCUGCUCAAGUGUGUCCAUGCAAAUGCCAACCUGCGAGACUCUGCCUGCCAAAUCUUUGUUGCUAUCCUCAGGUACAUGGGUGACUACCCUUCACGGCAGGCCUGGUCCUCUUUGGAACUCACAGACCAGAUCUUCUCAUUGGCCCUUCAGGAUAUGGCCUUGCAGGAUGAAGUCUACUGCCAGAUCCUGAAGCAACUGACAAACAACUCUAACAGGCACAGCGAGGAGCGGGGCUGGCAGCUGCUGUGGCUUUGCACAGGCCUCUUCCCACCUGGCAAGGUGCUACUGCCCCAUGCCCAGAAGUUUGUGGAUACUCGGAAGAAGAAGCUGCUGGCCCCUGACUGCAGCUGCCGCAUCCAGAGAGUUCUGAGGCUGGGACCCCGGAAGCAGCCUCCCCACCAGGUGGAGGUGGAGGCCGCAGAGCAGAAUGUCACCCGCAUCUGCCACAAGGUCUACUUCCCCAACAACACCAGUGAGAUGCUGGAGGUGGGCACCAACAUGCGUGUGCGGGAUGUGUGCCAGAGCAUUGCCACCAAGCUGCAGCUGGCCUCCUGGGAGGGCUGCAGCCUCUUCAUCAAGAUUGCUGACAAGGUCUUCAGUCAGAAAGAAGGAGACUUCUUCUUCGAUUCCUUGAGACAGGUGUCUGACUGGGUGAAGAAGAACAAGCCCCCAAAAGAAGGGGCACCCAUGACAAUCCCCUACCAAGUGUUCUUCAUGCGGAAACUAUGGCUCAAUGUGGCCCCAGGGAAGGAUGUGAAUGCAGACAUCAUACUCCAUUACCAUCAGGAGCUGCCCAAGUACCUACGUGGGUUCCACAAGUGUUCCAGGGAGGAUGUCCUCCAUCUAGCAGGCCUCAUCUACAAGGCCCAGUUUGACAGUGACCGGUCCCAGCUGGCUAAUGUCUCCAAAAUCCUGCGGCACCUUGUGCCUGAGAACCUUAUGCGCUUGAUGUCCUCGGAGGAAUGGAAAAAGAGCAUCCCUUUGGCCUAUGACAAGCACGUGGACAAGACAGUGGAGGAGGCCAAGGUGGCUUUCCUGAAGUGGAUCUGCCGGUGGCCCACCUUUGGGUCUGCCUUCUUUGAGGUGAAGCAAACCUCGGACCCCUCCUAUCCCGACAUCAUCCUCAUUGCCAUCAACCGACACGGGGUUCUGCUUAUCCACCCCAAGACAAAGGAACUGCUCAUCACCUACCCCUUCACCAAGAUCGCCAGUUGGAGCAGUGGUAGCACCUACUUCCACAUGGCUCUGGGGAGCCUGGGCCAAGGCAACCGGUUAUUAUGUGAGACUUCGCUGGGCUACAAGAUGGAUGACCUACUAACCUCAUAUGUGCAGCAGCUCCUGAGCACCGUAAACAAACAUCAGGGCUCCCGGGCCCUAGCUGUAGCUAGCCCCUAG